AUGGCUGGCUGUACCAGCCGCUGCAGGCAGGGGGUUCUCAAGCUGAUCCAGUCCCUGCAGAGGUUGGUCUCAGGAACCCUCACCAAAGGUACCGCUGGUUUCCACGGUGACAACAUGGGUGCAGUGGUGGGCACUUUGACCAUGCAAACAAAACAGAGGAGACCAUCGAGAGAUAAAUCAGAUGACGAGCUUGAGAUGACAAUGGUGUGCUACAGGCCGGAGGGCCUGGACCAACUGGAAGCCCAGACAAACUUCACCAAACAGGAGCUGCAGAUUCUCUAUCGUGGUUUCAAAAACGAAUGCCCCAGCGGAGUCGUAAAUGAAGAGACAUUUAAACAUAUUUAUGCACAGUUCUUCCCACACGGAGAUGCAAGCAUGUAUGCACACUAUCUUUUCAACGCAUUUGAUACUACAAACAAUGGCUCCAUUAAGUUUAAGGACUUUGUGAUGGGGCUGUCCAUUCUGCUGCGGGGAACGCUUCGGGAAAAGCUGGAGUGGACAUUUCAUCUUUAUGACAUCAACAGAGAUGGAUACAUAAACAGAGAGGAAAUGACGGAGAUUGUGAGGGCCAUUUAUGACAUGAUGGGGAAGUACACGUACCCUGCAUUAAAAGGAGACGUCCCACAGCAACAUGUGGAUGCCUUUUUCCAGAAAAUGGAUAAGAAUAAAGAUGGAGUGGUGACUCUGGAGGAAUUCGUUAUAGCCUGUCAAGAGGAUGAAACUAUGAUGAGAUCCAUGCAGCUGUUUGAAAACGUGAUGUGAGACGACGAGGGGAAAUGAGGGAGACAAAGUCCUGGAAAAAGAGUGUGUGUGUGUGUGUGGUUCAUAUGUGCAAUACCUCCAGUCUAUCCUCCUCCUCGUCCCCCUUCUCUCCAGCUGGGAAGUUGAUACAACCAGAAACUCGGGUAGUGAUGAUGAUGAUGUGAAUGAAGGGAAUGGAGUGGAAUGCUUUUCGCCUUCCUGCCAAGUUUUUGCCACACAGCAAACACGAAGUGACUGAUGUGACAGGCUUGGACACUGAAACAUUGCUUUCAGCCCUGUUAUAAGGAUUGGCCUUUUACAGACAAGAUGCUCCUAUAUCACAAGGCUGUGCCUGACCUUUAAAGAGCCACACAUUGAAGAAGAAGAGCUAUUUACUUUCAUGCAUUGAUUUAUUUUUGUUUGUUUUUUUCAAUUCCUUUCUUAUUUUUACUUCCAGUUUGAAAUGUAAUUGCAUGUGUUUUACAAAGCUUGGUGAAGAGAAUUUUGCCAUCAAGAUUAUUGUAUUUACUGUCUUCUGCAUCUUAUGGUUGACAGAUUUUAAAUGUCAUGUGCUGGUUGUACUGGUGCAGUGACCCCUGAAAAUUAGUGUUGACUUGGCUGCUGCCUGUGAAGUCUGUCUUGUGCUUGUUGUUGGGCUGUCUAAUGCUUACAGUAGGAAGUACCAUUAUUUUAAAGCUAUAAUAUGUUGGUCUUAAUAGGUGAUUUUGUCUUUGUGUCUGUUUUUUUCUUUGUUUUUUUUAUUAUUGUUUUGUCUAUUCUGUAGCAUUGCUUUUAGUGUAAAAAUAAUUUAUACUUUUACUGGUUUUGUUGUUGUCAUGUUUUUUUUGUGUCUGAAAUGUAUUUAAAAAACGGGGAAAAUGUGCAGUUUUAUAGUGAUGUGAAACAAUAGCUCCACUCUGUAGUGGGAGGUAAUCAAGCCUGUCUCAGAGAUGUUGAGUGUAACGACAAACAACCAUGUUAAAUGUGUUUUUGUCACAGUGCCAGAAAUAAUCAGAUGGUUUAAACUGAACUCCUGCCAUGAGGACGUUUUCAUUUUUCCUGAGGUGAAAUACCGCUGAAUGUAAGCUCUGAAAUGUGAUACUGUGAUGACGCCACAGUAUCACAUUGUGACAGUCCCACUUGUGUAACUGAACAGGGUCAUUUUUCCCUCACUGUAGUUUUCUCUGUGUCUGGGUAUGUUUAAAAAGCUCGACCUCGAGGAGAAUUUGCCGAGAUUACGCAGUUUAAGCGCUGAAAUAUUAAUCGUUGUUCUUUUUGCAGUCGGUGGAGGAGCACUUUGCUGUGUGUUGGGUCUGUGUGACAUCACAGCCUCAGGUUUCCAGUAUUUUGGUUUGAAAUAGAGUUGUUAUGUACCAUAAACUAAAGAAUAUUUAUAAGCCAUAAAAUAAAUAUGUAAA